AUGCCUUCCAUCCAGAACCUUGUUCUCCCGACAAUCUUGUCGCUCGCAGUAGCUGCAAAUGCCCGCUUCAACCUCGGCGAUGCCUUACUGGGAAAACGACUGGUUACCAACUGUCCCAAUGAAUGGACACCAAUUAACUACAACGGCAACGAUAGAUGUUGUCACGGAUCCCUGUCCGUGGAGGAAGACAACAAUCCCUACUGCUGUGUGAUGGACUACGAUGAGUACCGUGACACCGAUGUCAGCUUCUCGGACUGCUUCCCGUUCUGCAGCGGUACCGAUUACGGGGGCCCAUCAGUGAGCUGGAGCAACGAACCCACCUGCAUCACUCGGGUUCCAUUCUCCGCGAACGGAUACUCAAGCAUUGUCUCGGCGGCUGUGUCUUCGGGCCGUUCUUAUACCACUACUGGCCCGGCUACCAACGAGGCCACCCCGACGUCCGCGUCCACAAGUGACUACAACCGUGAUAACCAAGAAGCUACAUCUACCUGGUCUGGUGAUUCGACGAUGAACGCGGCGCCUAUUGCCACUGCCGGUAGUGUUCUCGGUGGGGCUGCAUUUGCUGCUGCUAUGCUUGCGCUAUAA